GAGAGAGAGAGAGAGAGAGGGAGGGACGAACCAUGGCGGCGUUGCAGAGCGAGACAGAGCUGUAAAUUCCAUGGCCCUUUAAUGCAAAGAGUAGAGAGAGAGAGAGAGAGAGAGAGAGAGAGAGAGAGGUGAAGGUUUCCAACUUCUUGAGGAGGAAGAAGCAAGAUAGGCGGAUCCUGUGCUCUGAUAUGAUUUGAAUUGCCAGUCGGAAUCGAGAUUUGCCCGGUCAAUCAUCGCGAGAUGGCUGGGCUCAUUCCAUUAGGAGGAGCUGCUAGAUCAGCAGGAGGAGGAGAAGGUGGAGGAGGAGAUCAGCAGAUCCACCACCCACAGGCCACGGCCGCCGCCGAAAUUCCUUGGUUCUGGUACUCGAGAAGCAGCGCGGACGACAGUGGGACGCCUUCGGCUUUCAAGGGUUUGGAGCUAUGGCAUCAUAACCAACCGCAACCCCAACAACAGCUGCACUUCUUCUCGCAGCAGCAGCAGCAGCAGGAUCUCUACGCGUCGGCCACGGGCCUCGAGGUGGGGCCCGGCGGAGGCGGAGGCGAAGGCGGCAGCGGUAGGGCCUCGAUCAACGUGUUCUCCGACGAGAGCUCGAGAUUGGGAGGAGGCUUCACGACGUUGACCUUGGCGGCGACGACGGGCGGCGGGGUGAGAGGGGGGAUCUGCUGCCAGGACUGCGGCAACCAGGCCAAGAAGGACUGCCCGCACCAGCGCUGCCGGACGUGCUGCAAGAGCCGCGGGUUUGAGUGCGCGAACCACGUGAAGAGCACGUGGGUCCCCGCGGCAAAGCGACGGGAGCGGCUGCAGCAGCUCGCCGCCCUGAAGGAGCACCACCACCGGCAGGAGCAGAGGCCGCAGCUCCGAGGCGAGGCCUUGAAACUGCCGAGGGAGAAUCAUGGGAGGCCUAACGCAUCAGGGUUGGAGCUAGUCGGCAACUUCCCAGCCGAUGUGAGCUCUCCGGCGGUCUUCCAGUGUGUGAAAGUGAGCUCCGUUGACGACCCCGAUGAGCAGUUCGCGUAUCAGACGGCUGUCAAUAUCGGAGGUCAUGUCUUCCGAGGGAUUCUAUACGAUCAUGGGCCCGAUCACCCCACCUACACCAAUGUAGCUACGGAAGACAACUCCUCUGGUGGUGGUGGUGGACUAGUUCAGCCUCUUGACCUCAUAGCUGCUGCAGCCGCUGCGGCCGCAUCCCCCAUCACCAGUGCAGCGAGUGUGCAUGUGUCAUCCACGACGGCACCGUUCUUUGAUGCAUCUUCUUUGUACCCACCUCCGUUCAGCACAUACAUGGCUGGUACGCAAUUCUUCCCACACCCAAGAUCUUGACACGCUCGUCACAUUUGUUGCAUAUUAACUCUUAGUGCGGCUGGGACAUCCAAAACUAGCGUGAGAAAGUAGAAGUCCCCCUCUUCACCUCGUAGCGCAGAGCUGAACUCCCUGGGAUAGCCUUUCUAUCUUCAAGCCUUUCUUUGGGAACGAGAAGAUGAUGCUUGCCUCCCUCGGGAAAGUAGAAGAUGUUGCUUUUCAAAUGGCUGCAUCGGGUACGAGGGGCAUAACAAUUUUCCUAUGAGCAAGCGAAUUUUUCUCCUUCAAGGCAUCACCAUGAUACGUCACGGAUGCCUCCUCGGAACCCUCUCGCACGCCAUGGAAUCGCAAACUCAUUACUUCGAAAGUUACAGACAAGACAGAAAAGUUUUCUCUGGGCAAACUUUACUUAUUACUCCGAAAGAUGUGUGGCUCCGGUCGCGCGGAGGGCAGUGACAAGCGCCAGGGGCAGUGUGCUUAGAGCAAAGCGGCAAGCGCUGCACGCUAGGAGUCGAGCGCAAGCACCGGUGCGCUAAGCGGCAUGCACGACCUAGCCGUGCACGGGGCAGUGCGCAAGAGCUAGGGGCGACGCACUCAGCUUCAAGGGGCCGAUGCUGCGCUCCAAGUGCAAGUGCGACACACAUCGCCGCGCUCGGGGUUGUUCUACCUAAUCUUUUUGGAUGAAAAGAUCUACACUAAUCAUUGUUACAUGAAUAUUUUUUGCACAGGCACGAUCCCUCUCUAUGCAUGACACUCAAUUUUGCAUGUCAUAAAGAUUUUGUUAUGCGGGAGGCAAAAUGUAGAUCCAAAAUUUUGU